AUGUAUCCUGCUCGGAUUCUCCACGCUUAUGUAACCUACGAAGAGGCCCGCAAACACAUUUCAGCAGCGGAAGAUAAGUCGGACCUUUCGUCCCCAGAGUCAGAAGAUGUGAAUCGAGGUCACGCGAAAAGAAGCCGUAUUCGUCAAGAAUUAAACAGAGAUUCUUCAGAUGAUGCAGGCUCCGAAGAUGAAGUUAAGAAGUCUGCCCUUCCAGCCCUACCAAAGUUCAAUAAUUCUUUUCCGCAAGUUCCACCCCCGCCGUCUAAUCAAAUUUUGUCCGCCCCAGAAUCAGAUAUUUCUGUGGAGUUACAUAAUACUGGUUUGGAUGCCGACGGCAACCAAACCUUUCAGCUCGUCGAAACAAGUUUAUUUCAAGAACAAAUUGAAUAUUCUGGUGCAGUAGCUUCAUCCUCGACCGGGCAGCAGAAAUCUGCAACUAUUACGCGCCCUGGGGUUCUUGGUCAAAUUAUCCAAAGCGAACCUACGAAUUAUUCAUCAACUUUGUUGCACGUGAAGGACUUAAUUCGUGAAGUAUCAAUGAUCAAACAUACCGUCAACAACAUUGAGCGAAAAUUGGAUAAUUUAAUUUCUUCUGGGAUUAAUCAACAUUCAACGGAUGACGAACAGCAGCCAAUUUUACGGCAACCGUUUGAAUCACUUGAGGAAUUUAAAGAAUUCGACGCAGCUUUAUGCAAUGACGAUAAAAGCUCAUUAAAGCGAUAUUUCACGAAAUGUGGCGGGGCGGAUUGUGGGGAUGGAAUAAGAAGGAUGCUGAAGAAAAUAAUGAUUGACGAUGUGGCUAAAUUGAUUAGUAUGAAAGGCCAAAAGGGGAAUUUUAAUUUUUCAAGCACCUCCACGUGCCCAGUCCUGAUUGGCGCUGCCCUUGCUUCAAAGCAAUUUUCGACGACGGAGGCAGAAGCUGAAAAGGCAAUUUCAUCCUGGUUUCAACAUGCCACUGACCGACUUAAGAAGAAUGAAGCCUCAAAAAAGCCUAAGCACUAA